AUGUCCAUACGACGGCAGGCUCCAGCAUUUGCUGAGCAUAAGAAGAUGGAACCGCACGACAUGCGGUCCAUCUUUUCGAUCGCUCUCCUUUUCCUCACCCAGACGGCUGCAGGCUACCUGGUCCCAAGCCCGGCGGGCAAGUACAACGUCACCUUGUCGACCGGACCGCUUAUCGACUACACCCGCGAUGACCCUUUCGCCCCAACACCAACACCCCGAGCAUUGAUGCUAUCAGUCUUCCAGCCUUCAACGUGUGAAUCCACCAAGCCCGUCCAGUACAUGCCCAAGAAGACCGCAAACUUCCAGGGACCUUUCCUCCAAGCGAUCUACAAUCUUACCGCCAACCUCACACCACUGUUCCUAAAAGCGCGCCUGCCAGUCUGUUCGGAGGGCUGCUCAGCCCUCGACGAUGCUCCGGUCCUGCUCUUCUCCCCCGGCUACAGCAUCCCUCGUGUCUACUACAAUCACCUCGCUUCCGCCAUCGCCAGCGAAGGCUUCACCGUCAUCAGCAUCGACCACCCCUACGACGCCGACGCACUCACCUACCCCGACGGCCAUGCAGUCUACAACAACGAUAUCGCACAGACCCUGCCCGACUUCCAAAAGCACCUACCCAUCCGCGCCGUCGAUGCACGCUUCGUCAUCGACCAGCUGAGCAACGCAACCGCCAUGGCCGAGCUGCUUCCUCACCGCGGGCCGCGACCCCUCCCCACCGACCGCAUCGGCAUGUUCGGCCACUCUCUCGGUGGGGUCGCCGCCGUCCUCGCCGCCGGACAGGAUUCCCGCAUCCGUGGCGCGAUCAACUGGGACGGCACCUUCAUUCAACUGCCGAAGCAGUCAGGAGUCUCCCAGCCCGUACUGCUCAUGAGCCACAGACAAUACGACGGGGUGGACCCCAGCUGGCUCGCAGCGUGGCCGCUGUUGAAAGGACCGAAGCUAUGGGUCGACAUUGCGAACGCGACGCACGCGACUUUCUCGGAUGUUCCGACAAUGUUGCAGGCGGCUGGACAGGACGUCGCGGCGUUGGCAGAUGUGGUGGGCACGAUUGAGCCGGAUCAGAUGGUACGGAUUCUUGUCAAAUAUACGACCACAUGGAUGCAUGGGGUAUUUGCUGGUAGCGUAGACAGACCGCUGCUGCGGAAGGACAAGCCCGGCAUGUUCCCAGAGGUCUCGACCUUGAAGAAAGGCAAUUUCUGA